GUCCCAACACGUACAUAUGAAUUUCAACGAACAGUCACAUAGUCGGGAUGCCAAAUUUUGUUAUAUAGAUCGUCAAAGAAAGAUGAGAUUCAAUAUGAAAAAAAAAAUAUGAAAUCGCCUAGCAUUACAAAAUAUCAAAAGUCCAUAUUGCAUCUAAUAGUCCGAAAUAUCAAAAGUUCAUAUAAAAGCACAAGUAUCUCAAAUUUUAACGAAUUAAAUUGGAUUCUCCGCUAUCAUAAUUCUCCAUAAUAAAUCUAAGAAAAACAUACGAUAAAUCCAAAUACACCUUUUUUUAGAGAUAAUAGUUUAGUUCCUCCCUCUUCCUUGCCUUGCCUUGCCUAUAAUGAUACGUCCAAUCGACCAAACAAACAGGGUGUGUGAAAGGAAUGUGGGAAAAGGGGAAAUGAAUGUUUAUGCGCGCAUUCAUUUUUGCUUCGUUGGGAGACAUCAUAAUCAACAAGGUAGGAAUUUUGCUUAGGACGCGUUUGUUUUGUUUAAUGGAUUGCUUCUUUGUAUAGACCAACACCAUUUGGCCCCUUUUGCCAAUCAUAAGAGCUAUCAAUAAUCGAGUAUCGACAAAAAUUACAACCAUCAGAAAAUGAUCAUUAGCUUGCUUGCUUGGCCGGUGAAGUUGAUUGAUUCCCACUAAUUAAUGAUUGAUUUCCACUAAUUAAUAGUGGGAUUUGCUCCUUCCAACCGUUAGCAUGGUGAAAGCAUAUUCGACGGCAAAAAUUGGCACCAUAUACUAUGUUAGGUUUUCGCCUGAAAUUUAUCCGGUUUUAAAAACUAUCGUCGCGCCUAUAAUUAUUGUUUGCUUUCUAAUACGUUUCAACCAUUGUAGUCGAAUGAUGUUUUCAAGCCGAAGAGGAUGAAUUCACGAGAUAAAAAGUUUAGAACUGUAUGUUACGGAGAUCCGCGAUCAAAUUUGUCUAGUGGGAGGGAGACAACCGAGAUGAUAUCAAGAGUUUCGAGUUGUCAACUGGGCUCUUGUCUCACACAGGUUAACCAGGCAUUAUCUACUGUUUUAUUGGGUUGAUUGAACAUCAUUGAGUCCGUUUAGCUUGUUUGAGGCUAAUAACUGUACGAGAUUUCCUUUGGGGCCGUGACUAAAUAUCAUUUUUAAUGAAUUUUGAAUAAACCAGUUGAAUACAAUUAUUUUAAAUAUUAUUUGUGCUCUAUUUCUUAACAAUGUGAAGUUAGCAUCGAUUUAGGAGAGGUAUAUACUAUGGCGUUAAUGAUUGACCUCAAAGGCAGUUUGGUUUAUUUGAAAGAUUUAACAAAGUGGCCAAACGGUUUGCCGGCGGAGAUGCAUGUGAACAAGAGGCCAAGCUGGCGUUUUAAUUGAACUGGGGGAAAUAGACGGGCCGAUUACAUAAAUGGCCCCCCAAAUUUUGAUCCAUUGCAAAUUGGCUACCGGAGUUCGAUAUGCAACAAAUUUAUGCUAGAAUUCCAAAUAACUAACAUAAUAGUCCUUCUCGUUUUCCUCUAGUAACCAUGAGAUUUUAUGUUCAGGUUUGUAUGUGCAUCAACUAAUAAUCUUGCAAAAUCAAUUAAAUUCUUAUGACAGAUAUUCAACAUUUAGUAAAUGCUAACUACUAUCUAAAAAUAUGAUUUUCGCGAUGUUAAAAUAAAGAGAAUAAAGAGGAAGGAGAAUGAAGAGUCCGUCGAUAAUUGAUUCACAGUGGAUGAACAAGGAACACUAUUGGAUUGUGGUUGAUUUUAAUAUGGUCGACCCUACACUAAACCAUAAUUAUCAUGAUUAUAUUUCAUCAUCACUAAUCCAUAAAAUUAUACUAAAAAACAAUAAUAGGGUAUAAAAUCCAAAAUUCCAUGUCCUACCACCAUGGUCCAUGAAACCGUACCAGAGACUGUACCGGAAAAGUCAGUGGUAGGGUAUUUUAUGGACCGUAGUUUAACCGUUAUACCGGUAAAUACCGUCUACCGAUUUAGCCUCCAAUACUGGUAUUUCGUGGUUAAAUCGCCGGUACGAUACGGUUUCAUGGACACUGCCUACCAUCCGAUCCAUCGAUCUAAGGUGGUAAGACAUGAAUUUGAUAGCCUCGGUAUCGGGUGACACGGGUGACACGAGUGGAUCAGGUUGAAAUUUGUGUUUUGUCAUUUUUGACUUCUUUCACCCACUAUACCAAGCAAAUUCCUCUCAUUUAUUUAACUUAGUAGGCCACGCCGCCACGCCAAGGUCCAAACCGCAGUACAGAAGCCCACAAAAGAUGGGCCGGUCCAUCCACGUUGAGCCCGGCCCAUCCAACUCCCCUUUAGGGGUUUUUACUUGUUUUCUCAAAUUACUGUUCUAAAUUCACGGGUUAGUUUCGAUCCUUCCCUGACUUCUCCUCCUCCCUCCGCCGGGCAAGAAAAACCAGCAAUCCGAUCUUCUCCCUGGGCUUUUGGUACGAAUACUUACGCUUUAACCAGGAAUCCGAUCACUGUGUUUGGCUGUCGAAAAACCCGAAGCUCCCUUCAGUAUUUGUCUUCGCUAUUUUCUUCUCCAGUCGUUUUCGAUUUGUUCGAAGCGUAAUUCUAGUGAAGUAAUUUCUCUACUGUUUCCCUGUUUUCUCAGGCGAUUCCCAUCCAUACUCGCAAAGAUGCAGAACGAAGAGGGCCAGAGCGUGGAUCUCUACAUUCCCCGGAAAUGCUCGGCCACAAAUAUGUUGAUUACUUCGAAAGACCAUGCAUCCGUCCAGCUCAACAUCGGGCAUUUGGACGAGCACGGGCUUUACACUGGCCAUUUCACCACCUUUGCUCUCUGUGGCUUCGUUCGUGCUCAGGGUGAUGGCGAUAGUGCACUGGACCGGCUCUGGCAGAAGAAGAAAGCUGAGCUGAGGCAGUAGUGCAAUUUAGACGCCUAGCUGGUUUGCUGAAGGGUCUAUUGAUUAGUAUGGGUCUUUGAACAAUAAUGUCGAAGUACUUAGAAUGUUGCUGAAGAGUCAAUUUAGAACUUAGAAUGUUGCUCUGAGUUAUGAAUUGCUAUUGAUUGCAGUCAGUUCGUUUAGCUAGUGGUGGUCUCAAAUAAUGUCAAAACUGAAUGGUUAAAGGUCGUCCUAAAAAUUACUAACCAUCGUCCUAACUUAAUAUGUAAUUUACCGAAUUGCCCAUUUUGAAUUUCAAAAUCAAACACAAAACAAACAACCCCUCCCCUUCCAUAAAUCUAAAAAAAUAUAAACCAAAAUCCAACAAAUUAUCUUAUGGACCGAACCAUAAAUCGUAGUAAAAGAAUAGAAAAUUAUUGAUAUAAAACAAAAAAAAUCCAAAAAAAAUCCGAAACCCCUCAACGAAGCCAAUUUUCGGUUGUACCAUGGCUCAACCUAAGGCAAUUUUUGGUUGUACCAUGGACCAACCGAAAAUUGCCUUAGGUUGCACCAUGGUACAACCCUUCGGUUGAGCCAUGGCUCAACCUAAGGCAAUUUUCGGUUGGUCCAUGGUACAACCGAAAAUUGCCUUAGGUUGAGCCAUGGUACAACCGAAAAUUGGCUUCGGUUGAGGGGUUUUGGGUUUUUUUGAAAAAAAAUCGGAUUUUUACCUCAUCGGAGUCGCUACUCAUGAUUCGGACGUAUUCCCAACAAUUACGACUCGAGAAUGUCAACGAUGAAUGCGAGAGUGUGGGAAAUUGAGUGUUUUUCCUUUUUUUUAGUUAAAGUGAUAUUUGUUUGCUAAAGAUGACAAAAGGUUAAAAGUGUAACUUUAUUAUUUUUUAGGACGAUCAAUAGUAAUUUUAAGUACGACAAAAUUCCCUGUCAAAAUACUUCGCUGGUGGAAUUCAACAAGUAAUAAGCACUUCUGUUUUGAGCACUGUAUCCGGUCGUAAUCCAACAUACAACCAGCAAAGUUCCGAAUGCACUUUGUGAGACUGUAUUUGGUGCUCGCAUCAAUUGAGUUGCGGUUUGGAUCAAACUAGUACGAUUUUGUCACGAUUGUCUCUCGAUUUAUCAAUGCGUCCAUCACUGUUUUUGUCCAAAUGUAGCAUUGCUGAUCAUUAGCGCCUCGUUAAGUGAGUUCAACCAAUAAGAGCACGAUAAUGGU